AUGUCAGAUAACGCUUUAUCUACGUCGCCGGCGGCAACCGCUGCGCCAGCGACAGCAUCGCCGAAAAAGGGCAAGACUGCGGCUGUUAAAAAACCGCGAGUGAAGCCGUCCCAUCCUCCUACAUCUGAAAUGGUAAACAACGCUAUUAAAAGUCUGAAAGAACGCGGCGGAUCGUCGCUGCAGGCGAUUAAGAAAUAUAUGUCGGCCAAUUAUAAAAUCGACGCCGAGAAAAUGUCAACGUUCAUUAAAACGGGCACAUUAAAAAAGUCGUCGGCGAAACCUAAGACGACAGUCGAUAAGAAGAAGACCAUUCAGGGUAAGUCGACGAAAGCCUCAUCGGCCAAGGCAACGAGCAAAACGAAGAAAACCGUCAAGACCGCAGCCGCAAAGAAACCUAAAUCGCCAAAGAAGAAGACAUCAAAAGUAGCCAAACCUUUGAAAAAAGCGUCACCGAAAAAGAAGUGA